UUAAGUUUUCACUUCUGGUUGUACGUUCCGCUUCGAGGAUUAGGGAACUGCAAAGUCAAAAUGGAAACCGAUAUCCAAAGGUUUUACAGAAACAAAACCGUUUUCAUAACAGGAGGCACCGGAUUCUUGGGAAAAGUUAUGGUUGAGAAACUCUUACGAACCACGGAGGUAAAGCAAAUAUAUUUAUUGAUCAGACCGAAGCGUGGCGUGGAAAUUCAGGAACGAAUCAGUGAAUGGUCAAAGGAUCUUGUUUUUGAACUCCUACUGAAGUCCAAGUCAGACGCUCUGCAGCGAGUAUGCCCCAUCGCUGGAGAUUGUCUGGAGCCGGACCUAGGCAUAAGCGAUACGGACCGAAGGCUCCUGACAUCAGAGGUGCAGAUCGUUCUUCACGGAGCAGCCACAGUACGGUUCAACGAGCCGUUGCAUGUGGCACUGGCCAUCAAUACUCGCGCCACGCGACUGAUGGUGCAGCUGGGGAAGCAAAUGGUCAACCUGGAUGCAUUUGUUCACGUCUCGACAGCCUUCGCCAACUGUGUGAUAGAUCACAUCCAGGAAAAGUUCUAUCCUGAACUUCUGACGAACAGUUCUAAGAAGGUGCUGGAAAUGACUGAUCAGCUAGGUGAUCAGCUGAUAGACAACAUGACGUCUGCUCUGCUGGGAUCGUUUCCGAACACCUAUACUUACACCAAGGCUCUUGGCGAAGAUGUGAUCCUUCGGGAGGCGGGCGAUUUGCCCUUGUGCAUUUUUCGACCAGCCAUUAUUAUUGCCACCUCCAGCGAACCCGUGUCAGGUUAUAUUGACAAUCUUUACGGACCAAUAGGGUUAGUGUAUGGAGUCGCUCACGGGGUCAUACGCAUUGCGCUGGUCGAUGUGAACGCGCAGAACAGUGUGGUUCCUGUGGACUACUGUGCCAGCAUGGCUUUGGCGAGUGCCUGGAAAACAGCAGCUUCAGCUGUGAGAACUUCAUCGCCACCUCCUAUCUACCACCUUACACCCAGUGAGCAAAACCUUUUGACCUAUGGCGCAUUCAGGGACAAGACGCAGUCAAUUGGUGAAAAUUAUGCAGUGACGAAGAUGCUGUGGUACCCCUUCAUGCAUUUCAUGACCACUUCCUGGCUCUUUCCCCUGGCUGCGUUUUUCUAUCAUACUCUCCCCGGCCUUGUAGUGGAUCUGGCACUUUGUGCGAUCGGCCGAAAGCCGCGCCUGUUAAAAAUAUACCAGAAAGUACAUAAGAACAUGCUGUUAUUGAGGCCGUUCACCUGCCGGAGUUGGAAGUUCGGUACGAAAAACAAGGAUAGGCUGUGGCAAAGUAUGUCGCCACAGGAUCAGGAGAUAUACAACUUUGACAUGUUGGCUCUGGACUGGGAUAGUUAUUUCAAUCGUGCCCUACGCGGAAUGCGCUUCUACCUCUGCAAAGAGCCACGUUCUCCGUCCUCCAUUGCUGAGGGUCAAAGGGUAUGGAGGCGGUUUCACAUGCUGCAUCGCACGUUGCAGCUGAUUCUUUUGUGCAGUGCUGCAGCUGCUAUCUGGCUGCUUCUCAAUCUCAUUGCUGCUUUUUGAAAAAUACUAAAGUACCAUGUUGAAAACUUGAAUUAAAUUAAUAUUAUU